GGGGAGAGUGGAGUGGGCAAAAGCUCGCUCAUAAACCUUAUUAUGGGUCGCGAUGUAGCAGAAACAUCUCCUGACGCCCUGUCAUGUACUAUUACACAUGCUGCAUAUGAUGCGACGAUCAGCGGGCAAUACUUCAGGCUGUGGGAUACGGCAGGGUUAAACGAGGGCUCCGAAGGCAAAGCUCCUGCGGCCGCAGCUGCAAGGAAUUUGGCUCUAUUCCUCGGCGGCUUGAACAAGGGAGACGGUGUCCAUCUCUGUAUUGCGUGCGCGGAACACGAGCCACAAAGGCUUCGCGAACAUUACCAAACAUUUUCAUCAGCCAUUGGUGACAGCAAAGUGCCCAUUGUUAUUGUGGCGACGUGCCUGGAAGACUGGUAA